AUGUCUAUUUCUGAUGAGAACCAUACAUCUCGUCACUCAUCUCUUAAAAGAGCAAGGUCCAUUUCGUUGUCCUUGAAAAGUCUUUUCAAGUCGGGAAGUUCAAAUGCAAGUCAGAUAAACCAUACCAAAGCGGAUCACACUAAAAACAUAUACACAAAUCAUAAUAUUAAGAAUACUUAUUAUGGUGAUGGUUAUAGUAAUAAUAAUAGUAAUAAUAAUGAUGGUGAAAGGAAGAAUGUCAAAUCAAAAACUACAUCACCUGUGUUGGCCCCGAUAAAAACCACAGAUAACUCAGGGCGAAGGAAGUCAUUAAACGAAUCAAAGUUAAGUAGAAUUUCACAAGCUAAAGCAAUCGAAUUACAAAAUUCCAGAAACAAUAAUUCAAGCACCGCAAACAUCCAUUCUCCGUUACCACAGAGUGCAAUGGCAAAGCUAUCAGGUGGCUUUGUCAACUCACAUUGUAGCAUUGCAAGUCCUGUGUCAAUUGAUAGUGAGAUUUCACCAUUGCAGACACCAAAACUAUCUAAAGUUAAUGUCGUUCAACGUGGUAGACAUAACAGUAGUUCAGGCAAUCCAAGCAUUUCAGUUGUAAAUUCUCCGUUGAGCCCCAUCCAUCUACCUAAUAUUGAAAAAUUAUCAUUGUCCCAGAUCCCUUCACAUCUUCUUUAUUCACAUGAUAGUAUCUUAAGUGAAGAGGACAUGGAUGAUAUUAUUACCGACUCAAAUAGUAAUGAACCGAAAUCUGACAAUUCCUCGUCUAUAGAUUUAGCACCAGUAUCCUCAUCUCAACAGGCAAGAUUUACUAUAGAUGGUCUAUUAGACAAUAUGGAUAAAACAGGGAAACCUUUAAGAUCCAGAUCGUUAAAGAAAAUUAAUUCGGCGUCUUCCUCCAUUGGCAGUUCUUCAACUAGUGCUUAUCAAACAACUAAUGAUUCAAAGUUGUUAAGAGGUAGAACACACGCAGGAACCAUCAGUGCAUCAGGCUUAUCUCGUUACCAUCGUAGCUCAAGCCCACAAUCAUCUAAUCAUCAAUCGCUCCCGACAUCAGAUAUUACUUGCAUUUUACAAACAGACAACUUCAAAGUUUACUCUAAUGGUACACAUGAACAUAAUUUGAAAACUAUUAGUUUGGUUAAUGGGUCAUGUGAAAAUAAUGGUGGUACUACUAACAAGGUUAAGGGUAUGUUUUCUUUUUCUGGGUUCUUUAAAGUUGGUGCAUCAAAUAAAAAUUUGGACUCUAAGUUGGAACUAUCCGAUGCUACUGAAUCUACUGACAGUGUAAAUUUAGAGGGUGCCAUUUCAUUGAUCCCAUGCCAUAAAAAAAAUAUGUAUACUCGAAUAAAUACAAGUUCAGGUAGUUUAGAAGAUGAGGAUGAAGAUGAUAGUAUGGAAUCAUCAGAAAAAAAUAAAAGAGAUUCAAAUAGUGGGAUUCCUGAUGUCAUUAAUCCUAAAGCUGCUGUUAGCUGCGAAGAAUUGAAAUUAAUUAACACAUUAUCGGAAAAAAUUCAUGAAGGAUUAAACAAAGCAUAUAAAAGUAGUAAUGAAAACAAUAAUGGUAGCGACAAGAUAAGACAUAAAAGGUCAAAUUCCAGUUUACAGGCAAGAGAACUAUCUCCUAGUAGUACAAGGUCUAAUUCUGAUGUGACUAAAAUCCCAUUUGUAGAGGAAUACGGUAAGUUAAUUGGUACAAUUGGGCACGGCUCGUAUGGUGUGGUGAGUGUUUGUUGUCGUCCAGUAAAGGAUAGUGAUCCACGUCCAUUACCAACAUUCAGCAAAGAUGAGAAAUUAUAUUUUGCAAUAAAACAUUUAAAACCAAGACCUAAUGAGAGUAUAGAAAAAUUUAGUACUAAAAUUACCUCAGAAUUUAUUAUUGGUCAUUCUUUAAGUAGACAACAUAAAAGAGGUGAUAGAAUUUCACCUAACAUAUCCAAAGUGAUUGAUUUACUAGAGAUUAAUGAGAAAUUUGUUGAAGUUAUGGAAUUUUGUCCCUCAGGUGACCUAUAUAGUUUGUUAACAAGGAAGUAUAAAAAUGGUACAGCAUUACAUCCAUUGGAAGCUGACUGUUUUCUAAAACAAUUGUUGCACGGCAUAAAAUAUAUGCAUGAUAGAGGGAUAGCACAUUGUGAUUUAAAACCAGAAAAUAUUUUAUUUCACCCUAAUGGACUACUAAAAAUAGCAGAUUUUGGUACAAGUUGUGUUUUCCAAACAGCAUGGGAAAAACAUGUACAUUUUCAAAAGGGUGCCAUGGGAUCAGAACCAUAUGUAGCACCAGAAGAGUUUAUAUCAGGGAGGGAAUAUGAUCCAAGAUUGGCAGACUGUUGGAGUAUAGGUGUUGUUUAUUGUACUAUGAUAUUAGGACGAUAUCUAUGGAAGAUUGCCUUACCAGAAAAGGAUUCAUUUUACAAAUCGUUUAUGGAAGAAAUGACUGAAGAUAAUGAGUUCUAUGUAUUUGAAGAGUUAAGGCAUAUUAAUCAUGAUAUCAAUAGAAUGAGAAGGGUGGUAUUGUAUAAGAUAUUCCAGUGGAAUCCAGAGAAGCGUAUAUCUAUCAAUCAAAUAUUACAGUCAUCUUGGAUGAAGAGAACCAGAUGUUGUAUCCCAUACAAAAUUUAA